CGAUUACAAACUAUUAAAUUGCUUAAUAACAAACCUUUAAUUCAUUCAUAAUAGAUCUUUUACUAUUUCACUAACGACUCAGGAGUAGAGAAGGGAAAAAGAAGGAUUGUUGAUGUUAAGGUCGAAGUGGCCUUAAUUGCACAGCUUAACUCAGAAAACGUCGAAGAUUGGACAGUCAAAGGAUGGAAAAUAUCUGGUGGCCUGGGAAUGGUCAACGAACUACUUAGUGGGCUGGUUGAGAGUCCAUUGUUGCCAUGGAAACCAUUUUACAAGGACGUUGGGUUUUGCCUCCGUUUUAGUUUCCAACUUCCUACGAGGUUCGACUCUUCAUUGGAAGUUUACAUUAAAACACCCCAAGAGAAAGUUUUAAUUUGGAAACUGCGUGGUUACCAAGGAAACAAAUGGAACAGUGGGACGAUCACUUUAAGACCACAAGAGGAAAUUCAAAUCGUAUUUCAAGGCCUCAGUGCAGUGAACGGCACUCCCAGCAUACUUGUUGACAACAUCGCAAUUACAACCGAGGCAUGUGCAACGACUCCAUCCUACGCGUCUCCAGACUUUAGUUGUAGUCCCAAUGAGUUUCAAUGUGAUAAUGGUCAAUGCACGAGCUCCACACAUCGCUGCGACAAUGACAUCAACUGUAUUGACGGUUCAGACGAGAAGGAUUGCACUUGCCUAAAAGUAGAGUUACCAUGUUCUUCGGGGGGUUGUGUUCCAUCCGAUAAACUAUGCAAUGGAUUAGAUGACUGCUCAGAUGGUACAGAUGAGCGCUUUUGUGGGACCUCGUGCUCAGGUAACUUGUUUCAAUGCGCAGAUGGUGCAUGCGUUCCAUGGUCCUCAACGUGCCGCCGGGACAACCUUCCAGUUUGUCAAGAUGGAUCCCACUUGCCUUCAAUUUGUGGAUCAAGUGAAUGUCCUCUGAACAAUCUCAACUGUAAAGAUAACACCUCCGAAACUGACUGUGACAAAUACUUUAAAGGCGAGUAUAUUUUGAUUAGUAAUUACAAAUAACAGUUUAACGGGGAAACCUAGCA